AUGCCUCGAAAGGACACUUGCAAGAGGAGAAGGAUUGUUCUCUAUGCUGUCCGGAGUGCAGAGUUCACGACUUCUGAUGACCGGCAGACAGUCUACAUUGUGGAGACAGAUCAUGACACCUACCUUUUUAUUCUUUUUACCAGCGAAGUAGAGAGGAAUUUGUAUCUGUAUGCCAGGGAAGAAGAAGUGUCGGAUGAAGUGAAAGAAAAUUUUACGAACCUUGCCAAUGAAUUGUCAUUUGACCCAGAAGCAAUCACCUAUCUACCUAAAGUCCCCGUUCCUCGAAGGUUGCCGUGCCUCGCUCCAUGUGACUGCCCCGGAGAUGCCCCGCGGGUGCCGUCUCCGCCACGCCGCGCCCGGCCCCCCGACGGCCUCCCCCGGCGACCCUACGGCGCCCGCUCCGCCCAGCGCCAGGGACUGCUCUUCCGACAGCUCUUUGAAGCCGAAAGCUUCACAUACACCUACUUGCUGGCGGACCCAAAGACCAAGGAGGCGGUUCUGAUUGACCCAGUUUUGGAGACGGCCCAGAGAGACACGACGCUCGUGAAGCAGCUGGGGCUUAAUUUACUCUAUGCAGUCAACACCCAUUGCCACACCGACCACAUCACAGGCACUGGCCUUCUGAAGCAGCUCUUGCCUGGAUGUCGGAGCGUUAUCUCCCGGGACAGCGGGGCCUCGGCAGAUAUCCUGAUCAGGGAAGGACACGCCCUGAAGUUUGGGGCAUUCGCCUUGGAAGCUCGCUCCACUCCGGGGCACACAGACGGCUGCCGGACCUACGUACUGAACGACCAGAGCAUGGCCUUCACGGGGGACGCCUUACUGAUUCGGGGCUGUGGGCGGACGGAUUUCCAGCAGGGUUCCCCAGAAGCUUUGUACCGCUCUGUCCGUGAGAAGAUCUUUACACUCCCUGGCGACUGCCUGAUCUACCUCGCCCAUGAUUAUACUGGCCAAACAAUUUCCACAAUGGAGGAAGAGAGAACCUUGAAUCCUCGUCUGACUCUCCCCCUGGAGGCUUUUGUGGAACUGAUGAACAACUCAAACUUGCCGAAGCCCAAACAGAUCGAUUUUGCAGUACCAGCAAACCUCAAGUGCGGAGUCCAAGAUGUAGCAGUUUAGCAGCUGCCUGCCCAAUCGGAUGGGCUUCUGCCGCAAAUGGCUCCUAAAAGGGGCCCCUGUAGCAGUGGGACGGGAUGCCAUGAAGGAAACCACCCCCACCUCUUUAGCACUGAUGCCCAGAAAA